CGAUUUCAUUCUGGUUUGAAAAUUUUUUGAAAAAGUUUUUUUACUUCUCUUUUCUGCAUUUUGUAUGCUUUGGCAUUUCGAUGAAUAAUGACUAAAGAAUGACUGCUUGUGUCUCAGUGGGGCGCCGGGUGGUUGUGACUGGCAUUGGUCUGGUCACAUGUCUUGGAGUUGGUGUAGAGCAUGUCUGGAGGAGACUUCUCAGAGGCGAUUCUGGUAUCACCCAUGUUAAAAUACGAGAAUUUGAAAACACAAAAAUUCCUUGUACAGUAGCAGGUCAUAUUCCCAGAGGGUCAUCUAUUGGGGACCUCAACAUGGAACAACUCUAUAGUACAGCUGAACAACGUGAGAUGUCAACCAUGUCCUUGUAUGCGUUAGAGGCUGCAAGGGAAGCCCUAAAAAUGGCAAAAUGGGAUAGCCCAUCUUUGACAGAGGAGGGAAAGCUAGAAACAGGUGUAGCAGUUGGCAGUGGUAUGGUUGGUUUGGAUGACAUUUACGAGGUAGCAGAGACACUAUAUAAACAAGGAUAUAGGAAAGUGGACCCUCGAUUCGUACCCAGGAUUCUAAUCAACAUCCCUGCAGGACUGAUAUCCAUGAAAUAUGGAUUUCAGGGGCCUAACCAUGCAGUGUCCACAGCUUGUACCACUGGACUACAUGCUACAGGGGAUGCCUUUAGAUUCAUCAAGUAUGGAGAUGCCAAUGUCAUGGUAUGCGGAGGGACAGAGGCUUGUAUUAGCCCUAUAGGCUUGGCAGGAUUUGCUAAAAUGAGGGCCCUUAGUACUAAGUUUAAUGACACACCACAUAAAGCUUCAAGACCUUUUGAUGAAUCUAGAGAUGGGUUCGUAAUGAGUGAGGGUGCUGGUAUAAUGGUUCUUGAAGAACUGGAACAUGCUAAAGCCAGAGGUGUGGAUAUCUUAGCUGAGGUGAAGGGAUAUGGCCUCUCAGGGGAAGCCCAUCACAUCAGUUCUCCAACUGAAUCUGGAAGAGGAGCUGAACUCUGUAUGACUAAAGCCCUUCAUGAAGCUAAGGUUGACAUAAGUGAAAUUGGAUACAUCAAUGCUCAUGCAACAUCCACACCUGUAGGUGAUGCAGCAGAACUCAGGGCCAUAUCUAGAGUAUUUGGAAAUAAUAAACUUGCAAUAUCCUCCACUAAAGGUGCAGUUGGCCAUCUCCUUGGAGCAGCAGGGAGCGUUGAAUCUAUAUUUACCAUAUUAGCUCUCAAAACAAGGAACAUCCCUUUUAAUACAAAUCUUCAAAAUGAGGAUAAGGAGUUUAAAGAUUUGAACCUAGUUAAAGGGGAACCCCAAUUAAUGCCAAGUGGAGUGACACAUGCAGUUACAAAUUCAUUUGGAUUUGGGGGUACUAAUGCUUCCCUAUGUCUUGCCAGUUAUAAUUCACACACCUCUCAGUGAUCUCCCCAGCAUUGAAUCAAGUGGGCGCAGCACCCACCUCAGAUUUCAGAAACAAGCUCGCACCCACCUGAAAAUCCAUUUGCACCCACUUGAAAAUGAGAAAAUCAUUAAAGAU